UGUCUUUGGAACACUGUUUGACAUUUUAGCUCGUUUGGCUGGACGAUCUACCUUAGGCCGCUGGCAUGGACAGGCGACAAAAGGACACGCACUACAAAGGACAUCUCGCUGGUUGCUCGGCAUUGGCUUUUGUUUUGUACCUAAACACAUUAAAUGCUGGAUUUGUCUACGAUGACAGGCGCGCCAUCUUGGGCAAUGCAGACGUGACUGGCGUUAGUCCUUUCUCCUUGUCUCAGUUGCUGCAGCAUGAUUAUUGGGGCACAGAGCUCACGGAUAGUGGCUCCCAUGGCUCCUGGCGUCCAUUGUGUGUCCUGAGUUUCCGCCUCAAUUUCCUUUUGGGUGGCGGCUAUCACCUGAUCAAUGUUCUCCUCCAUUGUCUGGCUACGCUGCUGGUGGUGUUGGUGGCCAGGACAUUGUUGCCCACUCGAAGCGGCAUACUUGCCACUGGUCUUGUCUUUGCGAGUCAUCCCAUCCAUACGGAAGCAGUAGCGGGCCUUGUGGGACGAGCCGAUCUGGCUGCCUGUGUGUGUUAUCUACUCACCUACCUGGCUUAUCGACGGCACAUGCAGAAGCGAGAUGCCCGGUCAUUGGUCUUAACUUUGCUCUUGGCCAUGAUGGGUUUGCUGUGCAAGGAGACGGCCAUAACGGCACUUCUCCUUUGUGGAAUGUGCGAUGUGUUGAUGGCACGCAAAUAUGAAGAUAAGCAUCGCUUGCGGUCAUUAAGUAUCCUAAGCAUUUCUUUGGCUUCCUUCCUGUACUGUCGCCUCAAUGUUCUGCCACGACCUGGCACUGCUUUUGCCUCGGCUGAUAAUCCCACAGCCCAUGAACCUUGCUGGUGGUCACGUACCCUGACAUUUUUCCAUCUCCCUGUAGUUAAUUUCCAACUACUUCUAUGGCCGCAACGACUAAGUUUCGAUUGGGGCAUGGAUGCCGUAGUACGCAUACGAAGUCUGUGGGAUGCUCGGAACUUGCUCACCAUUGGCUUCUAUGCUACUCUAAUGACAAUCAUCUGGAAGAGCCUUAAACUGGAAGCCUCGACGAGAAUGGAUUACAUGGCCAUGGCCGAUAUAAGUUUGCCAUUGCUGAAGCGAUUGGGUGGACAUAGUUGCCUGGGCUGGCAAGGACAUAGCUGUUCAUGUCACUAUCAGCUUGAUCUAUAUAGAUAUAGCAGCAAUCAGCGAUUGGCAAAGGAAGCUACCAAGCCGAAUGAUUCCCCCUCUUCCGUCACUUUGCCUUCGUUGGCUCCAUUGGUGGCCCUGUCGUUUCUCGUGCUGCCAUUUCUGCCUGCCACCAAUAUGUUAUUCUAUGUGGGAUUUGUGGUCGCCGAGCGUCUUUUAUAUCUGCCCAGUGUUGGUUAUUGCCUCAUCUUUGGCUAUGGUUUUGGCCAGCUUUGGCAAAGAAAACACUUUGACUGUGGGAAAAUUCUACUUCUCUGUUGCCUAAGCAUAAUUGUAGGUGCCUUCAGUCUACGCACAAUUCAACGAAACUCCGAUUGGCGAAACGAAGAGGAACUUUAUCGCAGCGCCAUUCAUAUUAAUCCACCCAAAGCUUUGGGCAAUUUGGGCAGCAUUCUUAGCUCUCAAGGACGUUAUGAUGAGGCCAAAUUGGUUCUAGAAGCGGCCAUUCGACAUCGUUCCACUAUGGCAGAUGCCCACUUUAAUCUGGGUAUAGUGCAUCAACAGCAACAAAAUUUUACAGCUGCUCUUCCCUGCUAUCGUCGUGCUAUACAAUUAAGACCACAACUUGCUGCGGCCUAUUUAAAUCUGGCUGCAUCUCUCCAGGCACUGGGCCAACAUCAAGAAGCCAUCUCUGUACUUCAAAUGGGAAUACGCCUGCCAGGACAUGCUGUACGUGAUAGAUUGGGCCAUGAAAAGGCAAGACGCAGUGCUUCCCUUCAGCUAAGUCUGCUAUAUACAAAAGAAAAUCAGUCUCAACUGGCCAUCAAGAUUCUCAACGAAGGAUUAACUAAAUUUAAGGAUAUGCCAAAGGAAGAAAGAGCCAGCUUUCAUUUAAAAUUGGGAGAAAUCUAUGUGGAGCUUGGCCAAUGGCAGCAAGCACAAGUUGAGCAAAGAUUAGCCAUGGAGGCGCAGCCAAGGCAUGGAGCUACCUAUACAACCUUUGGCCAAACGCUGGCUAAGAAUAGCAGUCGCUAUGGAGAGGCCGAAUUGUGGUUCAAACGAGCCAUUCAAUUGUCUCCUUUGGAGCCCAGUGUCCAUCAUCAUUAUGCUGACUUUCUGGAACAACAGGAACGUCAUCGGGAGUCCCUCACCCAGCGCUUAAAUGCCGUUGCCUUGGCACCCAAUAACUAUGUGCUUCAUGCUGCCGUUGCGGAUGCAAUGCGUCUACUUAAACGUUUACCCGAAGCGGAAUUGUGGUAUCGUAAAGCGGUUAAUCUACAACCCCGUGCUGCCCAUGCACAUGCCAACCUAGGGGCAAUUUUACAAAUGCGUGGCCAACAGCAACAGGCUGUCGAUUGCUAUCGAAUGGCUCUAAAAUUGCAGCCAGGACACGCCAUUAGUCGAGCUAAUUUGGCCAAAAUGAAUGUGAACAUUGAUACCAAUACGUAGCAAUGGAAUUUAGGGGAAAGCACUAUAAUGUACAUAUAAAUUCGAGUAGAUAGAAAUAACGAAAAACAUAAAAAUAAAAUAGGAACAGACACAUGAGAUAAAAU